AUCUCGCUGAGUUCAGAAGAAAACGUGUGCGCGUCCCCGCGCUACUCAGCGCGCGCUCGAAGACACUAAAAUACCGGAGUGCGCUCCUCCAGAAACACUGAGACUGCUGCAGAGAUGCUUGGAUGAUGUAGCCUACUCCAUUAUAUAUCACAAAUAAACCAGACUAUCUGCCACUAACCGAAGCUUUGAUGACUUUUUUUUUCUUUUGAACAAUGAUAUCCAUGGAAACUCACAAGUGACCCUGGACAUACUCAGGACACUUUGGAAAUUUGAAAACCUCAAUACGCGUUACAAAACGCCACAGAAAACUCGACAUGAAUGUUUGGCACGGGCUACUGAACCGGACGAUCUCUACAGCGAAGCAGCCUUUGGAAAGCGUCCGAGGAUGCUGCAACUUGUCGUUGAUCACCAGCGACGGGCUCGGUUCACCGGUUCAGGACGAGCGCGAGCAGUUCAUCAUGCGUUUGGUGCAGAUCGCGGUUCUCUGUGUGCUGUCACUGACUGUCAUUUUCGGCAUCUUUUUCCUCGGGUGCAAUCUGCUCAUCAAGUCCGAGAGUAUGAUCAAUCUGCUGGUGGAGGACAGAAGACCUUCUAAAGAUGCGGGAAUUAUGAUUGCUGCAUGAGUGGAGUAGCCUAGACCGUGCCACAAACCUGACUCAAACUGUCAAUUUCGCAUGAACGACACCUGUUGGGAUGAUUUUCAUGCAAAUGCUUAAGUAAAUGUUGUUUUUAUAUAAUUUUAAUUUAAUUUUGGACCAGAAACUAAUGUUGGAAACAAUGGAGACCUUUUUUAAAACCCAGAAAUGUGUUGCGUUAAACAUUUGACUACAUCGUCCAUCAAAACACAUACUUCAUAUAGGCACCUGAAACAAUAAGAGAAGAAAGAUAACAGGGGAGUACAUUUAUCCAGGAUGGAUCAUUUGAAAUUGAGAAUUAUUCAUUUGUUUUGUAUUUACAUUAGCAUUGAUUCAUGUGAUUCGUUGAUUCAACUGAAAAAAAAUAUCGAGAAUUUCUGCAUGGCUUUAAGAAAGAUGAUUGUGUGUAGGCUACUUGCAUGCAAAAUGGAUUAAAAGUAGAUGCAGAACUCUAAAAAUAUUGUUUCAUUUUAAUUCCUAGAUGACAUUUAGACAUUUUCAAA